AUGGAUUUCAUUCACAGCCCCAAGCACUCUAGAGAAGCAAACAGUCCAAGGGAAUGUGAUAGAUGUCUGCCUUUGAUGCACAGGGAACAUAUCAAAGUUGAUGAACUGAGAAGCUAUAUGGAAUAUGGCAUCCCUGACAUGGUGAACACAGAACCUAGCAGCCCUCUGGAUGAUGCUGCCUUUGCUCUAAGCUUCUUCCAUAUAAUAAAUGUCCUUUUGGCUGAAUCUUGGUUUCGAUCAAGUGAACAAUUAGACCAGGUUCAAGCCAAUAUGUUGAUCUCUAUGGAUUAUGCUGGAAAGGAGAAGGCCAUAGCUAAGGCUCUUGAAGACCUGAAAGCCAAUUUCUACUGUGAAUUAUGUGACAAGCAGUACCACAAACAUCAGGAGUUUGACAAUCACAUAAAUUCCUAUGACCAUGCUCACAAACAGAGACUGAAAGAGUUAAAACAAAGAGAAUUUGCUCGAAAUGUAGCUUCAAGAUCAAGAAAAGAUGAAAAGAAACAGGAAAAGGCACUCAAACGUCUCCAUCAGCUGGCAGAGCUACGGAAACAGUCAGAAUGUGCUCCAGGAAGUGGCCCUAUGUUCAAACCUACAACAGUGGCCAUUGACAGUCACUCAAAAAGAGCCACUGCUGGAUCCAUUGCUAAAGGCAGAGAUAACGGAAGAAAGAGCAAUACCAGGGCCUCAUUCAAAAAAGAAGAAGCAUUGAAAAAGAACUUGGAAAAUAGCCUGCAAAGUUCCCCAUGUGGUAAUCAGUGUGCUCAUGAUAAGUCUACAGCACAGAUACAAGGCCAGAUAGGCUUAAAGCCCUUUAGUCUGUUCACGAAUAAAAGCAGCCCAUGCAUACCCACCCAUAAGGGUAGUGUCUCAUUUUCUUUCUCCAAAAAAGCUCCAUUGAAGCUCGAGUCGUCCGCUUCAGUUUUCAAUGACACCAUUGAAGAAAAGCAACAUAGAGAUGAACCACAGAAUCACAAAGGGAAAGUAGCAGCUGAACCAGAGAUGUUAGUGGUACCUGCAGGUACAAAUAGCACUGCAUACACUGAAAAUAAUGAGCGAACCAAACAGUCUCAGAUGGACAGUGGCAUUGGGAGUAAUCCUUUUGCGAGAGUUAAAAAGCUGAAGGCACUCAUGUUAAAGGAAAAUAAGGAUGAAGAAGAAAAGGAAUAUUACUGUUAUACUCCUACACUUUGCAAAACCAAGCCAAAUUUCCCUUUCUUGUUUUUCAUGAAAUCACCCGAGAAGACAGCUACAGACAAAGUGACAGCUCAUAAUGAUAACAUUAAGGAGUUUCAGACUGAUGACACUAACUUUAAAUGUCCCAUGAUCUCAGAAAUCAGGGAUGUAAAUCAUGCAGUCACAGAUACCAAGAAAAUGAGUGCACCGCAAUUAAAUCCUCCUGCUUGUCUGCGGGCAACCAAACCAGAGGGUGGGAAAACACUGGAUCAGGAUGUUUGCAAGAUGAAAGGUGAAGAACCAUCAGUGUUUAAUGAAAAACAGAGAGAGCCCAUACAGGCAGCUGAAGAAAAGUUGGGCAGGAUGGAACCAUCAAACAGGCCAAAGCAAAUAACUGGACCCUUUCUUCCAGUACUGAGUAGAGAUGAAUCAACUACACUUCAGUGGCCAUCCGAACUUUUACUCUUCACUCAGACUGAACCAACCCUUUCAUACAGCUGCAAUCCAUUGUAUUUUGAUUUUAAACUGUCAAGAAAUAAAAACCGAGAGAAUGGUAUUGCAGGGUCGGAACCUAAUAAGCAGCACCAACAAAGUACAACUGUUGCUAUUGAAGAUGAUAAUGAGGCAUGCAGAAUGAAAGCACAAAAUAGAAGUAUAGAGAAUGAGGAAGGGCCGAACCAGAGAAAACCAGUAGUAUUUUGCAAAUCAAAGAAAAAAAAGAGCCACCACAAAUCUAACAAGAAGUCUAUGCAGAAAUCAGAGCCUGGUCAUGCAGAAAAUGUGAGCAAAAUAAGGAAAGGAGAAAAGUACAGCCAUAAUCUGAAACAAGAGGGGAAAUAUGCAUGGAAAAUAACAGACCCAGGACCCCAGAGUACAGAAGAAGAUUUGAAAGAGGAAAAGCAUUCCAAGCUAACCCCAAAACGAUUUUUACAGGGUGAGCAUUCUAGCACUAGUGAGGAACUGGAGCAAAUCAGCAGCAGCGUUAUCAAGAAACAAUCAGUUUUUCCUCUUGAUUUAAGCAACAAAAAGCAAAAGGUUUCACCAACUAAUUCUUUAAGUAGUUCCAAAGAAACAUGUGAUGGACAAAAGGUGCACAAAUCCGGACAUGACAGCCUAAAUCUGAACAGUAAUGACACUGAUAGCACUGAGGAGCACCACAGAAAGUGUCGUAAAUCAUCUUCACAUUGUAGCUAUGAAGAUGAUUCAGAAAGUAACAGAAGUGCUUGCCGAAAAUCCAGAAGCUAUUCAUCUUCCCAAGGUUCAUCAUUUAGGUCAUCUUCUGAUACCUCAAGUGACCGCAGUAGGACUAGUCACAGUAGUAGGAAUUAUUCUGAUAGAUCAAGUGAUGACAGUCACAGAAGUCGGUCUCGGUAUUGUUCAAAAAGACAUCAUAGGUCACAUUAUGAUUACAAAUGUCAUUCCAGACUUAAAAAGAAAAGGCACAGCUAUUCAUCAAUGUCAUCAUUAUCCUCUGAUAAUGACCAUUACCAUAGGAAAAGAAGUGUCAGUCGAAGCAGAAACCGAGGCAGCACCCAAAGGACUCACACAUGCACAAAAGGCCGAAUGCACAGCCGAAGCAGGAACUCCAGCAGUAGCCGACCUCACAGCAGAAGCAGAAGUAGAUUUAGGAGCAGGUCAAGGCAUAGCUGGAAUAGACAAGAAAGUCCCAUUAGAGAUUACUUAAGCAGUAGUCGUCCCAAUUUGAGAAGGUCAUGCUCUAGAAAUAAGGAAGAGCACAGGCAGGAUAUACCUAGUGAGAGGCAGCCAAGACACAGGAAUACUAGAUCUUUCUCAAAAGACAAAGUCUAUCAUAUAAAGUCACCUCUUUGCUAUCGUGACUAUCAUGAGGUAAAAAGAGAAACAGGAAAGCACCAUGGAACAAUAAAGAAUGAAGAUACAAUGCAGAAUUACAGCCCAACCCAACCUAGCUUAUUGCAGAAGAAUGAGAGUUUUGGUUGCUCCAUUCUCCCAUUGAAGGAAAUGAUUCAAGAUGAAAAUAAAUCCCUGAUAACAAAGCACCUCUUAGAAACAAUGCAAUGUAACAACAUUGAAGAGAAAACACGUAGCACAGAAGACUUAACAUCAACAUCAAAUGAACUGAGUCUAAAUCUGAAAGAUCCUUCACAAGGUUAUUGUGGCCCCAGGCUUCCUCCCUCCAUGGAUAAUAUAACUUUAGUGUCUUUAAUUGGAAGAUUAGCUACCACAAAAAAGGCAGGUGUUAAAAAUGUUGAUAUCAACAAAGGGGAUAACAGUGACAAAGCAGAUGAGCCUGAACACUCAGAAUGGAUUGAAAAUGAAGCAUCAUCUAUUAUCAACCAAGAAGAGAGCCUUGUUCUGAAAGAAGUACAUGAGGACAAAGCAGGUAUAGAACAAGUUUCACUGCACAGUGUAAUACAAACUGCUGAGGACAAACAGGUAGGCCUGACUACAUAUCAAGUACAACCUGCUGAAGAUAAUGUUACUCCAAUCCCUGAAGAUACGUCCAAUAUUGUUUCCUCUGCAGCAGAUGUUUUUACUGAUGGUUCAAUGGUGGUCAAAGAGGAGAAUUCCCAAAAGACAUUUUAUGAUUCUGGUGAUUUAAAUUCUGUUCCAAUGGGAGAGGUUAUGUUUGAUUAUCACAACACUAACUCAGAGAAUGUCGAUGAAAUGGAUCCUCCAUUUAUGGAGGGUACUAAAUCAAUCUCACCCUCUCUGGCUAGCCAACCUAUAAUCUUCACACCUGAAGAAAUGGAAAAAUAUAGCAAAUUACAAUUACAGGCACAGCAGCAUAUCCAGCAACAACUUCUCGCCAAACAAGCCAAGACAUUCCCAUCAUCAGCUGCAGCCAUUACUUUCUCUCCAGUACCAGCAUUUCAACCAGUUUCCCUUCAGCAGCCGUCUGUUGCCGCUGCUGCUGCUGCUUCUUCUGUUACCACCGUUCACCACACUCUCCUCCAGCAUCAUGCUGCAGCCACUCUUACAGCCGCUCUCCAUCCUAAUGCCCACCAUCAAGCGAUGGCCCAGCUCCACCAUAUCACUCAGCCACAUAUCACACCCUUCACUUUUUCCCCAAUUGCUCAGACAAUUUUUCCUGCUCACCCCGCUGCCUUCCUAGCUGGCCACCCGCUGCACUUCAUCCCUGCAGCAGCUAUCCACCCAGCCCACCUGGCACUUCAUCCACUGCCGCACACCGCUCUCUGUCCAACUCUAUUUGCCCCCCACCCAGCUGCUGCUUCCGCUUUUCACCUUCACCCUUUGCUCCAUCCUCUGUUCCCAGGGCAUGAUCUGCAACAUCGGUCUGCUCCGAACACCUGA